CUACAGUCAUGGGUGAUGAAAAGGGAUCUCACCUAUGUGGGUGGUUCACAAUUUCAUUUCCUCUUCAAGGCAUGGAGAAACUACAUAAACCUGAAGCGGAGAUUACUUUGCGAAAAAACAACUCCUGACUGAAAUUGUACCGGAAGUUAUAUAUGUAUAAGAUUGACACGUGGAUCGCUUACACACCAACAGUUCAAGUUUUGGAAAACUUCCUAAAGUUCAAUCGGUGAAUGUUGUUGGAAUGAAACGCCGCCUCCCGCGAACUGACUACCGAAGGUCUUAUGGCUGAGAAAGGACCCAUAUUAACUUCAGGUAUCAUUUUUUACCUGUCAAUUGGAGCAGCAAUAUUUCAAAUACUAGAAGAGCCAAAUUGGAAGACAGCCGUAUCUGACUAUGGCAUUAAAAAGGAAAAACUUCUCCAAAAAUAUCCUUGUUUGUCGAAGGACAAUCUGGAAGAGAUUGUGAAGGCUGUGACAGAGGCUGCCGGACAAGGCGUGUCCGUCGCAAGCAAAAACUCUUUUAACAACUGGAACUGGCAGAAUGCCGUCAUAUUCGCUGCCACGGUGAUAACCACAAUAGGUUAUGGCAAUGUGGCCCCUAAGACGGUGGGCGGCCGCGUGUUCUGCAUCCUGUACGGGCUGUUUGGCAUUCCCCUCUGCCUCACAUGGAUCAGUGAGGUGGGCACGUUCUUCAGUGGGCGGACCAAACGCCUCAGCCAGGUGCUGCUACACAGAGGCCUUCCACCAAGAAAAGUCCAGUGUACCUGCAUUGCCCUCUUCUUGUUGUGGGGUUUGCUCAUCCACCUGGUCAUCCCUCCAUUUGUGUUCAUGGUCAUUGAGGGAUGGACUUACCUGGAGGGCUUUCACUUCUGCUUCACCACUCUCACCACGGUGGGCUUCGGAGACUUUGUUGCAGGUGUGGACCCAGACAUAAACUACCCUACUCUUUACCGCUUCUUGGUGGAGGUGUGGAUCUUCAUGGGCCUGGCCUGGCUGUCUUUGUUCUUCAGUUGGAACGUUUACAUGGUGGUGGAGGCCCACAAGGUGCUGAAGAAGCGGCGGUACCAGCGCCGCCACAGACUCUCCCUCGAGGAACUCCGGCAUCACGAAGAGACGCAGGUCUCCGUGUGCUCCCGCGCUGCGGAGCCGAAGCCCAGCGCCAUCGACAUCUUCAACUACCUGACGGUGAAAGAGGAGGACUACUGCGCCAUCAUUAAGAAGAUUGGCGCCGAGCCUAAGAAAGAGAAGAAGAAGAAGAAGGUGACGAUCCAAGAGGACGUUCCGCGGUCUAAGAGCUGCAACGACAUCCUGAACGACAUGGGCAUCAUCAUGACGCUCGAACAGUCACCCCGCCUCAAGCGCCAUCUCAGCUUCAGCGGUAACGUCUUCACGGUCGUCUCUGAGUCCAAGGAGUCCAUGGGGUCCACGGCAACGGAUGAGGAGAGCCAGAACCUUCUGGAGGACUCAGGGGAGGACCAAAGCCCAGAAGGGAGCUCUCCAGAGCAAGAAGGCAAAGUUAAACUGUGUUCGUGGGACAACAUAGAACCUGACCCAACAGUCUCUCAGAGUCAGAACGGGAUGGUGAAACUGUGUUCUUGGGACAACACAGAACCUGACCCAACAGUCUCUCAGAGUCAAAACGGGACGGUGAAACUGUGUUCUUGGGACAACACAGAACCUGACCCAACAGUCUCUCAGAGUCAAAACGGGACGGUGAAACAGGAAGAUAGAGGAAGAAAUCAAGAGGAAGUGGAAGAUGGCGCUGGGAGUAGGUUCAUAGUGUUUAAAGUGUCAGAGGAAGCUCUUCUGGAAGAAGAGGAGGAAGGUCAAGGAUGACACCGAAGUGCUCUGAAUGCAUCUAUUCUAAAUCUCAGGAGCUGGUGCAGCUCUGGUUGGUAUAUAGAUGUGCUUGUCAGGCAUAACUCAUUCACACGGGCAGGUAGAGCAGAGCUUUAUCCAACAAAUCUUACUUUGUUGACAGUGCCUGGAACACUUGUCUGUGAAACAAAAUCAGAUUUGAGUGACAGAUCUUUAAGCCCUAAUGUGCUUACUGUGAUACAGGUAUGACAGGUAUUAAGCCAUUGAUGCCAUGGGGUACAUUAUGCUUAAGUCACUGUUUCAAUUUACAAAACAUAGUGUUUCGGUUGACAAGAACAUUUUGUUCGUUUGUCAUCUCAGGCAUUAUUGUUACAGUGUGCAAGGUGGAUCAAGUGACAAACCAAAAAAAAAACAUGUUGGACACCAUAUUGAAUGUUUAAUGUUUCUCAGGCCUAACAGCAGAUUCUAUCAUAUGCACACAUUCACAAGUUAUCAGUUCAUUUGAGGAGGUAGUUUGACCUUAGCUGUGGCUGUCCGUUUAAUGCUUGAUUAAAAGCGACCUGUUGCACCAUAUUUUCAAGCAUACGGUUAGCCUUGGCAGAUGCUGCUGUCACCCGUCCCUCCUUGUCUGAGUGAAACUUGAACCGAGUAAACGCUGAAACUCCUACCAAGCACUAGCAUGUGUAUGGAGGAAGAGCUACUGGCAUACUUAACUGCGUGCAGUCUGAAAACGAUGCUUCAGCACGCUAGCAGAGCUCCUGCAGCCUCAGAUGGUCAAUUCUAAUAGUCAAGUGGAGCCAGUGUCAUUCUGAAUGAGUCCGAGAAGGGGGAAAGCGUUUUUAUUCACGUUCCACUGAUCCUACGAAUCAUGUCCAGGCUGACCCUUAUGGUGUGUGUGUAUACCAAUACAGUUCAGGUUUUGGAUGGUUCAUUUGUUAGUUUGUUGGUUGUUUUUUAAAAGGGGUUAAGUGCUUUUGGUCCGCUUACUGUUUCUUACUGUAAUAUAGAUACAGAACAUUCAUGUGGUUUACUGGUUUUAAGUAGUUUUAAGAACAACGGUACUGAAUAACCUUUAAGAGUUCUAAAUACUUUUAGAUUGUUUAUUAUUUCCUUUACAUUUAUAGUAUGAAAUAUGGUGUGAAUUGAAAUAACUGUCAUGUAAUUUCAUUUAUCUCUGCAAUAUGAUACUGCAUUUUAUCUUGGAAGCACCUGUUCAUAAGCAAAACUCAUUGAAAAGCUUACUAAAGUUAAAGAUGUUAUCUCUUCACCAAAUGUGUCUUUUUUGUCAAAUAGAAAAUACAUUAAACAAAACAUUUUUUGCAAUAUCCUCAUG